GGGCCAAAAGCCGGGGCAGCGGGGCAGCAACCGCCUCAGCUCCGCUCCUCCAGGGCAUUUUGGAAACAGCUGUGAUGGAAGGGAAAGGAGCCAGCGGAGCAGCAGGAAUUCCAGAGGGAUGCAAUGGCAGGAAGGUGACGGUGCGGGAAGGAGCCCGGACUGGGAUGCCUCACGGCUCCGGCAUGCGUGUGUAGGUGUCCCGCGGGCCAAUGGCGACGAGAGGAGGCGAGCAGGAACUCCCUCUCCCCUCCAUUUGCUGGAGGGCGCGAUGGGGCGGUCGCCGUCCAACCAGAUGGGGCUCUGGGGCCCCGUCCAGCCAGCCCUCCCGGGGCCGCGUCAUGCCCAGGCCCAUUCGCAUCACAUGCUCCCUCGAGGGCAGAAAGAAAAAAGGGGUUCUCCCAUCCCCACCCCGUUUCCGUAUAGCUAUAUAUAAGGCGAAUCCCUCUCUGUUCCUCCAGUGACACAAAGAGUCAGAGAAAAGGAAGCACCUGCUCCUAUUAUCUUAUUUUAAUUUUAUUUGCAUUCUGUUCAUUUCUCCCAUGCAAAAUAAAAACUCCUAGGUUUGGAUUACUGGAGCUGGAAGGGGAGAGAGAGAUUCCCUCUCCUGUGACUGGCUUGCUUUCUAGGGUGGAAAGGAGGGGAGAGAGACAAAAUAAAUUCUGGAAGCGACCGCUGAGAAAACCAACUUUGUCUUGGCCAGGCUGGUCUCUGAGAAGGCGAAGAGGAGAAGCGCUCAAGGAAAAGGUUCCAAAGACUCACAGCAAAGCGACGAUGUUCCCCAGGCUCUUUCACCAGUGGAGUUUCCUGGUUUUUCUACUGAGUUACUGUGUACCCUCCUCUGAGAGAUCGCUGGAAGGGAAUAGCCGCAGACUCAGCAAAAGGACAGUAUCAGAAUACCAGCUGUUGCACGAUAAAGGAAAGUCUUUGCAAGAUAUUCGAAGACGAAACUUCCUGCAAAAUUUAAUUGAAGGGGUUAACACAGCCGAGAUCCGGACUAUGUCAGAGGUAUCACCAAACCCUAAACCUGCCACCAUCGCAAAGAAUUAUGCUGUCCGGUUUGGCAGUGAAGAUGAAGGCAAGUGCCUGACUCAAGAGACCAACAAAGCCCAGACGUACAAAGAGCAACCUCUUAAGGCUCCAGGAAAGAAAAAGAAAGGAAAGCCCGGGAAACGUAAAGAGCAAGAGAAGAAAAAAAGGAGGAUUCGUUCAGCCUGGCUCAGCUCAAGAGGGUCUGGAAGUGGAAUGACACAGAUCCCCCUCUUGGACAUCUUUGGAACUACACAUAUCAAUACAAGGAGGCGUUGACAUCGUCAGCUGAGAUUUUUGGAAAACACACUGCAGUAUUCUGUAAUAGUCAACAUAUGGAAAGUGUUAGAAGUAUUUAUUAUCUGUAAAUAUUGUAAAUGUAUCAGAAUAAAACGUUGGCCACAGAUGCUCUCCAAAACUGCACAUUUGAACAUUGUGAAUAUUGGGAGAUUCUUUUUGUGCAAAGACAAUUCUUGUUGUCCAUUUACCAUAAUUUAUUUUGUUGAAUGAUGUAUUUAUUUCCAUGAACAUUUAUCUUGGUGCUGCUGACUUUCUAUAAUUUUUGUAACAUAAUGCACUUUAGAUAUACAUUAUGUCUUUUGUUGAUACAACAUAA